AUGCCCAAUCAUCUGCGACGUGGUAAGGACCCGCUUGUUGCUGCUGUUGCUCUUGAACCAUUGGUUUUUCAGAUCGUCGAACAAACCAACGUGUUUGUGCGAAUUCAGCUCUGUAACCAAUUUGGAGUAGAACUGUUUGAUUUGCAUCUUCUUCUUGUUAGAAUCAGUAACACCCAAGUUCUGCGUGAUAAUGGCUAUGAAAAUGUUGAGGAGCACCAUGUUGGAGAAAAUAAACCAGGCAAUUAG